AUGCCCGGGAUAGGGGCGGUGGGAGCGCGGUGCAGGCACCGGCCGAGGAGGAGCCCCAGGAAGGGCCCCGAGGCCGAGGCGGGCCAGGCCGGGGCCGACAUGGACGCAGCGAUCUGGAUCUAUCAGUUCCGGCUGAUCGUGCUGGGCGACUCCACCGUGGGCAAGUCCUGCCUCCUGCACCGCUUCACCGAGGGCCGCUUCCCGGGGCCGCUGCACUGCGACCCCACCGUGGGGGUGGACUUCUUCUCCCGCCUGGUGGAGAUCGAGCCCGGCAAGCGCGUCAAGCUGCAGCUGUGGGACACGGCGGGGCAGGAGCGGUUCAGAUCAAUAACACGAUCUUAUUACCGCAAUUCUGUUGGUGGCUUACUGGUGUUUGACAUCACAAACCGGCGAUCCUUUGAACAUGUGAAAGACUGGCUAGAAGAAGCUAAAAUGCAUGUACAGCCAUUUCAAAUUGUGUUUCUGUUAGUUGGACAUAAAUGUGAUUUAGUGUCACAGCGUCAGGUUACAAGAGAAGAAGCUGAAAAACUGUCAUCUACCCGUGGUAUGAAAUACAUAGAAACCUCAGCAAAAGAUGCCACAAAUGUUGAAGAAUCCUUUACGAUUCUGACCCGAGACAUAUAUGAACUUGUAAAGAAAGGAGAAAUUUCUAUACAGGAUGGAUGGGAAGGUGUUAAAAGUGGCUUUGUUCCAAAUGUUGUCCAUUCAUCAGAGGAGGCUGUAAAGCCUAGAAGACAAUGCAUCUGCUAAAUUCAUAGAAUGCCAAAGAGCAUAUCAGGUGUUCAGAGAGUGAUACCAACAUAAAUAACAUCAUUCUGAAGACAUAAUAGAUCAUGAUGUAGUUGAAUCACCAAAUGAUAAUUCAUUUUUGUAUCAUUUUGUCUAAUUCAUAACUUCAUAAAAUUUAAAGUGCUUUUUUCCCCACAAUACAAUAACUUUGAGCAGUCUUCAAGAAAAUAAAUUAGAUAUUGCUUAAGGAAAAAUAUGUGCUAAGUAGCAAGAUGUUGAGAAAGUGCAAUAAUCAUCAUGGUAGCGUCCUUUAUGGGCUUUGAAUUUUGAACAGAGUUUAAAAUCAAGCUCUUGUAUAUAGGCUAAGUGCUGAUAAGCUCGUUGCUCCAGUUCAUCCUGCCUCCGUUUGGGAUAAAAAGUAUUAUAACCUGUACUUUUUUUAUUGUGAUUCUUCAUUCAUGAAGAAUGGAUUUGCUAAAAGACAGCUACGAUUUAGAGCACUAUAGAAUUUCAUAAUAUAAAUCACUUUGAAGAAAGCAAACUGAAAGA